CACAGCUAAUGAGAGAGUACAGCGGCCAGACAGCAUGGAGAAGGUUCCAGCUGCUCACUGCCUCGAGCCUGCGAUGUGGAAGCAGCUCGACCAGUAGAAGAAACAGCGUUUUAGUGAAGAGAAACUUUACUGACCAGCUGGAACGAAACAUUUUAUUUCUGGAUACCAGCAUUACACAAGCUUGGGAAAAUGCCUGCUGCUGAGGAUACAGUGUGUGACCACCAGGUAUCAGAAGGCUCCAGCCUGAACGUCUAUCUCUAUCAUGCUAUCACCGAGCAAGGCAGAACCACCCUGGAGUUCCGUCCUGGACUUUACACAGCAGAAGAACUUUGCAUUUUUGCUGCACAGGCUAGUGGAAUCCUGCCGGUCUACAACAGUCUCUUUGCCCUUGCAACUGAAGAUAUGAAAGUCUGGUUCCCUCCAAGCCACAUCUUCCAGGUUGAUGGGUGCACACGCCAGGUCCUUCUAUAUCGCCUCAGAUUUUUCUUUCCCAAUUGGUUUGGCCAAGGCAGCAAGAAAUCUUACCGCUAUGGUCUUACAAAGGAGAGUGCUAGCACCGUUUUGGAUUACUCUGUCAUAGACUACCUCUUCGCUCAGUCACGCUCUGACUUUGUCACUGGGCUCAUUAAGGUCCCAUUGGACCUACAGAUGCAGGAAGAAUGUUUGGGAAUGGCUGUUCUGGACAUAAUGCGGUUAUCAAAGGAGGGGAAGUGGAGUCUGCAACAAAUCUGUGAGCAGAUCAGUUACAAGUCCUGCAUUCCAGCAUCUUUCCGUCAACAGAUCCAGCAACAUAACUUCCUGACGAGAAAGAGAAUAAGAAGGAAGUUUAACAAAUUUCUGAAGAAAAUCAGCCACUGUGAAACUGACCUCAGAUGCCUGAAGCUGAAAUAUCUCCUGGACAUGGGAAAUUUGGAAACAAUGCCCAAUCAGGAGAUCUUUUGUGUGAAAGAUCCAAAGUGGGAACAUCAAGUGCACCAGGCACAUAAGUUCAUCUGUGUCUCUGGAAAACAUGGAAUUCAGUGGAGUACAAAAGAAGAUGAGCAAUGGCAGCCCUUUUGUGACUUCCCCAGAGAUUGUGACAUCACUCUCAAGCAGGCUAGCCGAGAUUACGUCUUAGAAGAAAGUCGAAUUGUCACACUUACUAAACAAGACAACACAGUUUUGGAGGCAGAGUUUCCCAGUCUGAGAGAGGCUCUAUCUUUCGUCGCCCUGAUUGAUGGCUAUUACAGACUGACUGCUGAUGCUCACCAUUACUUCUGUAAAGAAGUGGCUCCCCCAAAGCUGUUGGAUCACAUUGAGGACAAUUGUCAUGGACCAAUCACCUCCGACUUUGCCGUGUCCAAGCUAAGGAAACAUGGAAACAGGAAAGGUCUUUACAUCCUGCGCUGUAGCCCAAAGGAUUUCAACAAGUACUUCCUGACCGUUUGUGUUGAAACGGAACUUGGGAAGGAUUAUAAGGACUGCUUGAUUAUCAAGGGGGAGAACUACUCUCUGGCUGGUGUACCACGGCAGUUUGAGAGCUUGAAGUGUCUGCUGAAUUAUUAUCAGAGCACAGGCCUUGUGUCCGAGGGAGUCAACAUUGAGCUCAACACCUGCUGCAUACCCAGAGCCAAAGAAAAGUCCAACUUGAUUAUCAUUCGCGGUAACUGGUCCUCUGAUCUCCUUGUCUCACCUGUAAUGCAACGACGGAAUGUCAAUCAGAUGAUGUUCCAUAAAGUAAAGAAGGAGGAGCUAAUUUGGGGUGAAAGUCUGGGUCAAGGCUCCUUUACAAAAAUCUUUAAAGGAACAAGAGAGGGAAAUGCGGACAAUGACUUCUACCAGAUGGAGGUUUUACUGAAAGUGCUGGACUCCUCACACAGGAACUACUCUGAGUCAUUCUUUGAAGCAGCAAGUAUAAUGAGUCAAGUUUCCCACAAGCAUCUCAUUCUGGUUUAUGGAAUCUGUGCCAUCAACAAAGAGAACAUCAUGGUGCAGGAGUAUGUGAAGCAUGGAGCUCUAGACAUAUACCUAAAGAAAAAUAAAAACAAUAGCUGUGUCAACAUAAGCUGGAAACUUGAGGUUGCAAAACAGCUCGCCUAUGCCAUGAACUUCCUGGAGGACAAGCACAUAAUCCAUGGCAAUGUCUGUGCAAAGAAUGUCCUGCUGACACGAGAAGGAGACACAAUGGCCAGGUGUCCUCCAUUUAUCAAGCUGAGUGAUCCAGGAAUCAGUGUGACCAUUCUACCAAAUGAAGUGCGCAUUGACCGGAUCCCGUGGUUAGCUCCAGAAUACAUUGGCGAAACCACACAUCUGGUUCCAGAAUUAGACAAGUGGAGCUUUGGUACAACCCUUUGGGAGAUAUUCAGUGGAGGAGACCUUCCACUCAAUAGUAUGGAACCAAUGCAGAAGCUACAGUUUUAUGAAGACCACCUUCAGCUUCCUGCUCCCAGAUGGACUGAGUUAGCAAGCCUCAUCAACCAGUGCAUGAACUACCAGCCCGAACUGCGACCCUCUUUCAGAGCCACCAUCAGGGAGCUCAACAGAUUAAACACAUCAGACUACGAACGACUGUGUGACUUGUCCCCCAGUAACCUUCCAAAUACAAAUGACUUCUGGCACUGUGUUGCUAUGAGGAAACAGGAAGAUGCGAACUUUGAAGAGAGGCACCUCAAAUUCAUUUCAAUGUUGGGCAAGGGAAACUUUGGCAGUGUAGAGCUGUGCCGAUAUGAUCCCCUUGGAGACAACACAGGGGACCUGGUGGCUGUGAAGAAGUUACAACACACAACAAGAGAGCACCUUCGUGACUUUGAGCGGGAGAUUGCAGUGGUCAAGAAUCUCCACAGUGAACACAUUGUCAAAUACAAAGGCGUUUGCUACAGUGUUGGGCGCAGGAACCUGAGACUGAUCAUGGAGUACCUGCCGCAUGGAAGUCUGCGAGAUUAUCUGCAAAAGAACAGGCACAGGUUGGAUCACAAAAAGCUCCUUCUGUAUGCCUCUCAAAUAUGCAAGGGAAUGGAAUACCUUGGCUCAAAACGAUACGUACACAGGGACCUGGCAACUCGGAACAUUCUAGUAGAAAGUGACACCUGUGUAAAAAUAGGUGAUUUUGGACUAACCAAGAUUCUGCCUGGAGACAAGGAUUAUUAUAAAGUUCUGGAGGCAGGAGAGAGUCCAAUCUUUUGGUAUGCUAUUGAAUCUCUGUCAGAGAGCAAAUUCUCCAGAGAGUCAGAUGUGUGGAGUUUUGGUGUUGUGCUUUACGAAUUGUUUACAUACGGUGACCAUAGCAGGAGUCCACCAACGGAGUUUCAGAGAAUGAUUGGUUCAGAUAAACAAGGACACAUGGUCUUCCAGAUGCUUGAAGUUCUGAAAACCAGUCGCUUACCAGCACCCCAGGACUGUCCAAGAGAGAUCUACAAUGUCAUGCUGAAGUGCUGGAGUCACAAUCCUGCUCAAAGAUUAACUUUUGUGGAAUUGCUGAACAAGAUGGAGGAAAUGCAAGUUGCUAUUUGCUGACAAGUGCUGCUUUUGGAAAGCAUUCACUUCAGGGCCUGUGGAAUGCUGUUCCCUGCAGCUUGGAAUCAACACAAAAUGGCUCAAAAGAAACAGUGUUUGCCUUGUGAAACUGUUGAAUUGUCUCAGGGUGCUACACCAGUAUUGCUAUGCAGUGCACCAUGGGAUCUUCAGAUUGCUCAUUUCCUCAAACUGCAUCUUCACAUCAAAUCUGAACUUUGGAGGCAUUAGACAGGACUAAAUCAUCUUAUCAUCUUCCAUGCUUUUGCAUUGCUUUCAUGACUUUGAAAUAGUUGAGCUCACUCGCUGAGAAAGAGCAGCAAGAGAUUGGGGAGCUGUAUUGGCAACAUGAAGUUUAUAGAAUUUAUCAUCUGCUGCAAAACAUUCAACCUGGUGAUACCUUCCUAGGCACAAAAGCUGGGAAAGGGAAGGCUAAUGGAGCUAUGCUUGGAAAGGACAAGAGCAAAACCAAGGUGUUGGGUACGUGUUGGGGGUGGGAUGAGGGAAUUUAAAAGUGGCAGUACAAGUUAGACCAGUAAUGUUGACAGAGGACUUCAUGAUCUGUCAUUGUUCAGUUGAAAAUGGGAAAUCUCAUUAAAAUGCAAACUGUUGGCAUCAUAGGGUUUUGACAUUGUCAUAUUGUGAAGUGUAGGCCGAAAUUACCUCUUUUUAAUGCAGCAUGCAAUCUUUCCACCAAGUAUGGUAUGACAUCUACUUGGGUUCUGAAAUGCCUGAUAUUUUAUACAAACAAUCUAAAUUAGAAAUUGGACCCAUUUGAGACAUUUUUUUAAAUGCAGAAACUACAUCAAAAAGUGGUUUUAGCAAAGGUAAAUCAGUUCAGUCACCAUUUCUGGGUCAAUAGCUGCCCAUCAGAUAUUGACCUGGAUACUUAGAAUGAUAGGUAUUUCACAAUUCAGAAGGAGACUAUUUGUUCCAUUGUGAUGGUGCUGGUUAAUAAAAAGUUGUCCAACCUAAUACCAUUUAUAUCAAGGCAAUGUUUGACCAAAUGUGGCCUUAAUGAAGACGUAAAAGACUAAAGUCACCUCAAUAUGGAGCAAAAAACUACUGGACAAACUCAGCAGGUUGAGCAGCAUCUGGGGGCAGAAGGAAUUGUCAAUGUUUCAGGCUGAGACCCUACAUCAGGAGUGAGAGUGGAGCGAGAAGAUGGACAAUAGAAAAAGGAGAAGGGAAAUGAAACAGGUGCCAGUAGGUGAAAGGUGGACUGUGGAGGGGUGAGGGAUAAUGGCAUAUGGAUCCAAGUUAGGAGUGCGGAGUUGGAAGACAGAGGCAGGUGGAUGAUAAGUGAGAGCAGACAAGAGAAAAAAGGACAGAUGGAGCCAGGUGAGGGGAGAGUGAAGGAGACAACAGCUGGAGGGAGAUAAGCAGAACAUAAAGGGUUACCAGUGCUGGAAUCUGAUAAGCAAGGAAGGUGAUAAUGAGGACCAUUAGGAGAGAGGUGAAGGGCAGAUGGGGGAGGAGAUCUGACAAAUGAAAUGUGAGCAGUAAGUGGAUGGAACCAGGGAAACUAUGAUUACUGUUGCAGUCUUUAAAUUGUACCUGCUUCUUGAUCUCAGCUACACACAACGAAUAAAUAAAUCU